AAGACAGUCAUUUCGUUUUUCUUGAGAUUGCUACAUCGCUUGAUUUUAUGGCUACAUUUCCUGAACUUUUGUUGUUGUUUUUAUCAUUUUGUUGGUUCCCGUGUCACGGUCAUAAAACAUCUGCUUACUGCAAGUAUGUCACCCUAUGCGUGUCGGUUAAUUCUCGUAAUAGCUGCGAUCGGUUUGAAGGUCGCAGCUGAAAGAGAAUAUGAGUACCUGACAGAUAUUCCGGUGUACCAAUACGAUGAUUAUGGCUUGUGUAUCGUGCGCAAGAGCACGUAUUGUUUCACCAAAACGGUUCUGAGACCUCGGGAGGAAGACAACUUGCCUUCGAAGCAUAUAAGAGUAGAUUUUCGCAAGAGUUUACUAGAAUGGGGUAUCUGCGCGAAGGAAUGUGACGAGGAAACCGAACUUCUUACAAAGAACGAGCGCGAUGUGCUACGGGAUGCCAGAUUUCCACUGGGGAAUAUUUACAAAAUCCCACGACGAUACUACCCCGACAUGGAUUGGAUGGAAAGUCUAUUUGGCGAAAAGAUACAUGUUUGUGUUAAUAAUCGCCUGCGGCAAAUAUACAACGUCUCGGGUUACCCAAUAAUCGAAACAUGCAUUACAACCAGAUUUAACCCGUGGAAAUCAGAAUUUGAUUGGUACGAAUGUAUCUUUUUCAUAGUCGUCUUCUCAUACUUUGUCGCUUUUACCAUAAGUAAUGUUUUGGAUCUGUGCGGACCCAAUUUUUUCAAAGGUUUUCUCAUCAUUCGAGCAUGCUCUUUUCGAACUAACUGCGUUCGUUUGCUGAAUUGGUCAAGAGAUGAAUACGAUGCCGAUUUUCGUUGUAUGAAUACUCUUCGAUUUAUUUUAACGGUGCUGCUUGUUGGCCUCAAUUGUUUUUUGUUGGUGAUAUCCUUCCCUGUGCCCAAUCCGGAAAGUGUGGAAGAAUACAUGAGAUCGCCAGCAGUAAUCAACACGCUCUGCUGUUUAUUCUGGAUCAUACCGGUGUUUCUCACCAUGGAUGGGUUCACAAUGAUGGUCCAUUAUCUGGACAGUCGGACCAGGAAGCAGACUGUCGACAUCGGGUAUUUCCGACAGGCGUUCGUUUUGUGGAUGAUUGAGAUAUUUCCACUGUAUUUUGUGGCCAUGCUGUAUUCCACGGUAACGGAUACUAUCUGGGGAACGGAGCCAAACGUUGGACGGUUUUUUAUGAUAACCAGAGAGUCGCUCUGUUGCCGAGAGAACUUGUGGGCGAAUCUUCUGUUUAUGAACAACUAUCCGGUCACCCAGGAGAUGUGUUAUGUACAUGGAUGGUAUCUUGCGGCUACCAUUCAACUGUUUCUGGGAGCUGUAGCCGUGCUGUGGAUUACGUCCAGAUAUCGCACAUGGAAGAUCUUCCUGCUAUGGAUUGUUCCAGCACUGGCGAUAUGCAUGCCCGGAAUUUGGGUGUUUGCUUUCGGAACGGAACCCUUGCCUCCCCUGAGACUGAAUGACAUUUCCUCCCAAUUCAUGUAUCAGAGAUGGUUCCGACAUAUGUACAUCCCGACCCACAUGAACGCCGGGAAUUACAUCGUUGGAAUGAUGGCUGGUUACUAUUUCUACCAGGUCAGAGUGUACGAUGUCAAUCCCGCUAAAUUUAAGAUUUAUCAAUACACAAAACGAUUUGUAUUUCCAAUCACCGUGGCCACGGGAUUGAUCCCUUACCUGUUUUAUACCCAAGAUCUAGUGGAACCGACAAUUCUAUCCUCGGGUUAUGCCAUCCUCUUCCAGAAUAUCUGUUCCGUCUAUUGUGCGAUUUGCAUUUUUGAAAACUUCCAGAAUUUACCAGAUAUCGUUCGCCGAAUCUUCGACACGAAAUAUCUGGUAAUUCCAUCCCGGCUCUGGUACGGGUUAUUUGUCACCCACAUCAUCGUGUUGAGAAGUUAUCUGUCGCUAAGAGAACCCUGGCAGGAAUUCGAUGCAAACAAAUUUCCAAAAGUAUUCGGUCGAAUUUUGGUGCUAUCGUUCCUGUUAUCGAUUGGGACGUAUCUUGUGGUGGAGCAACCGACACGACGUUUUCUCUCCAAAAAAAUAUAUCCCAAUCUUCCUCGUGAUCGGAAGCCCGAUGGGAUGCGUUUCGAGUUGUACGAUUUGGAAAUUGGUUUCGGAUCAAGUUUGAGAUGAUGAUUGUAUAUUUGAUUG